AUGAGAUAUAGUAGGGAACAGUUACACAAUCAUGCAUUGACUGAGAUUGAAGACUUCAUUAAGAAAAGAGGGAAAACAAUGGCUGAUUUUCAUGGACUGCCAAUUCCAAAUCGCCCUGAAUUUGAAAAUACGCAAAAUAAGUUGAUUACUGAGGAGUUGAAUUACGAUAUUGACAGCAACAAAAUCCUGCACAAUGAUUUAUACAGUGGUCUAAACAAUGGACAAAGAGGCAUUUACAAUUCAAUCAUUGAUUCAGUUUAUAAUGAAAGAGGAACGCCAUUUUUGUUUUUGGGAGAAAGAAUAGCCCAAUCAUGUUUCAGCAUACCUUUAGAUAUAACUAAAGAGAGUACAAGUGAUAUUAAAAAAAGGACGCAAUUGGCAAAAUUGAUUUUGAAAGCAUCUUUGAUAAUUUGGGAUGAAGCACUAAUGACAAAUAGGUAUUGCUUUGAAGCACUUAACAGAUCUUUAAGGGACAUUUUGUCUGAUAAAGAUCUGUCAAAUGCUGAUAGAAUAUUUGGAGGCAUAACUGUUGCACUGGGAACAGGAGUAACAGAAGAUGAAAGUUUUAUAGAAAUUCCUGAAGAUUUGAAACUUUCUCAACACAGCAAUCCAAAAGAAAGAAUUGUGAAUGUUGUUCUAUCGAAUCUAUCUGCUGAGAUAGGCAAUGUUGAUUAUAUAAGAGAGAGGGCAAUAUUGAUAGCCAGAAAUGAUACAGCACAUGAAUUGAAUGAUUACAUCAUUCAAAAAUUGCAAUCAGAAACAAAGACCUAUCACAAUUCAAACAGCACUUGCAAAGCAGAAGGGACUUCAAAUGAUGAUGAUAUUCUAUAUCCAAUAGAGUUCUUUAACUCUUUGAUGUGCUCUAGUAUGCCAAAACAUGAAUUGCAAUUAAAAACUGGAGUUCUGAUUAUGUUGCUACGAAAUCUAAAUCAAUCAGAUGGUCAAUGGGACUAG